CCCCUCUUGCGUCCCACAGUACCAUGGCUGACAGCUCAACCACCGACCGGCCAUAUUAUAUCCUUGAAAUAUGAAUCCCGAAAGGCUGAAAAGACAUGCCCCAUGCCAGUCACUCGAUGAGAGCUGGAGAAAGCGACAACGCAUUUCCCCGCCUGCCUCCCCCACGCUAUCCCCUCGCUGCUACAACCCCUUUCAAGCACAACCGGCUGCGCUCUCUCAAUGUCUACCUCGAAACAAUCGCAAAUCACUCUCUCAUGAUGACUACACAAUCGGGUGGAUCUGCGCUCUCGAGGUUGAGCUGGCAGCCGCAGAGGCAAUGCUGGAUGAAAUACAUCCGACCCUUCCUCGAGUUGGGAGCGAUCCGAAUGCGUACAACCUUGGGAGAAUCGGGAGGCACAAUAUCGUUAUCACCUGCUUGCCCACGGGAGGCAUGGGAACAAACAGCGCUGCGACUGCGGCGGCUAACCUUCUUCGAAGCUUCCCGAAGGUACGGUUUGGGCUGAUGGUUGGCAUUGGUGGCGGUGUUCCUGGGGUACCUAGUGACGAUCCAGAGGAGGAUAUCCGGUUAGGAGAUAUAGUGGUUAGCAAGCCUACGGACUCAUUGGGUGGUGUCAUACAAUAUGACUUCGGCAAAGCCACCAUGGAAAACGAGUUACAGCGCACCGGAUGGCUCAAUGCGCCUCCUCAUGAACUCCGAACUGGCGUAUUGAAGCUACAGGCACGACAUCGCAGGGAAGGAAGUCUGACUUCUCACUUUCUUGCAGAGAUGCUGGAUCGAUAUCCGCGAAUGGCGAAAGAGUUUCGUCACCAGGGUGCUGAGCAGGACAGGCUGUUUCAUGCAGACUAUGCUCACGAGGAGAAUGAGAAAGAGUGCACCAGCUGUGACCCCACUCAGGCAGUAAUGCGAAAGCAACGCGAGAACAAUGAUCCCGUUAUCCAUUACGGUCUGAUAGGAUCGGCAAAUAGAGUAGUCAAAAGUGGUACUGUUCGAGAGAGACUACGCCAAGAGAUGAAGAUCCUUUGUGUAGAGAUGGAAGCAGCCGGACUCAUGAACAACUUCCCUUGUUUGGUGGUGCGAGGCAUUGCCGACUACGCGGAUACUCACAAGAACAAGCGCUGGCAGCCGUACGCCGCUGCAACGGCUGCAGCAUAUACGAAGGAGCUUCUUCAGGUGAUUCCUGCGGUGGAUGUUGAGUGCAUGACUGAGGCUGCCAAAUUACCAGGGAUACUGCGCGAGGAAUUCGAUAAUGUCAAUGCUAAGCUUGACUCUCUAAUACAAGUUGCGCGACGAUCGAGUGACAAUACAGACUUGGCGCAACAGUUUCGGACUGAAUCAGUAUCGCAGAUGCAAAGGAUGGAGGAUAAACUCGAGCAGCUGGUCGAUUAUAUGGAAGAAAGUCGCUCGGUACCCCCACCACUUAAGAUCCUGUUUCGAAAGAUACGAAGAUCUGGCGACAGCCGGAAGGAAUCACACAGGGGUGAUAUGGGGGAUCCUGUGGCUGAAAUUCAUAACUGGCAGCAUAUAAUAACGCCAGGCACCAAGAUCAUCAUGGAUAUCACAUUUAGGCGUGGGAAGACCUCCCAAAAGCAUACCUGUCCUUGGUGCCAUGCAGUGCACAGCGAGACAGUGCCACAAAAUAAGCGGGUGACAUGCCACAAUUGUCGGCUAGAUUUCAACAUUGAAGAGGCAAAUCGUGUGGUUGAGCUGCCAGAUGAUGAUAAUCAUACUAUCCCAAAACGGAGCCGCGAUGGGCAAAGUACUGUUUUUCAAGGUAGCAGGCAAGAAACAAUUCCUGGAAAGAGCUAUAUUUAUCAGGGUACUCCGUCGUUAGCUGGUUCAUCCAUCAUGUCCACGCCUUCAAACGCCAUCGCCCCGACCACAGACGCGGAGAGCCAUGGCAGUUCAAAUGCGAUAGCAUGUGACAAUAUACUAAGCGAGCUGUUCAAGGGCGUUGACAUGACGUCCUUUAGCAACUUGAUGGAAUCAUGCUUACACCAUCCCCUUAGUCACACGGAACCAGCACCAGGCCCAGAAUUGGCUUUCAACGUGCAAGCAACAAAUAGAUAUGAAGCUGAGGAUUGGCCACUAGGAGCCCCUGCAAGUGAAUCAGAAUCGACACAUUCAGUUUCUACGACCGCCAAUGCACUGACUAGUAAUACACAGCUAGAAAAUGCGUUUGCGUCCUUCAACCACAAUUUCUUCGACGUUAUUACCGAUGACGUACUCAAUAACAUUCUGGCGGAGAUGUCCUCAUCGACAGCAGGUCCAUGGUCUGAAGACCCCUUUACAGACACCGCUUCCUUGUCUGGCGCGAGUCUACCUUUGGAUGAGAAACCAGUAACAUACCCGGGAGAAGUUCCAAGUGAUGUGUUAACAGAGAACGAGGUUCAUCGAAGUACACAAAUCAGGCGUGGAGGACCGACAUGAGUACUACAUACAAUUGCUUAGAUCUAAGAGAAAGCUAUAUAAUGACAUUUUCUCCAUCG